GACCAGACGGUUCCCUGACUCGGACGCCGAAGGGUUGUGUUCAUAAUUAACUCGCUAGUGUAUUAUUUUGUUGGUUAUUUUAAUGGACUGUGAAAUUUUUUAUGAAAAAUUGUGCUGUGUUUAAAGUUAAUCAAACGUUGCAGUUAAAGGGGAAGAAUGUUGCGCUGUGCCUCCGCCGCCGUCAUGCCGGCUGCGCCCCACACUGCUCAUUCUCCGACCUGGAGCUCCUUACAUCCAGCUCCGACUGUGAAAUCGGAGCCAAUGGACGAGGGAAACUACUCCAAAGAACAAACCAGUGGUUUCUAUUCGGAAAGCUUUCAAAGCGCUUCACCGACGUCAAGUAAAUCGAAUGACGAUUCGCCUCGAAGCGUGGGCAGCGGUGGUGAGUCUGCCGCUUUUUAUGACAAUGCGCCGUCCAACUCGAGGGCAAAUGUUAGGGCGCAGGUAGACAUAAGCCGCAGCAGACCGCUAUUAUAUAGUAUGCUAACGCCUCCAGGUCACGAUAAUCUUAACAAUGAAGGUCCGUCCCUUGGAUAUGACACAUCCAGAUAUUCCCCAGAAUCAUUAGCGCCUCCAGUACACGAGUCUACGCCGAUUGCAACGCCUCCUAAGUCGCCAGGCACACCCUUAUCGCCAGGAAGAGACAACGACAGGCGAUUUGAUCAUUUUAAUUAUUCUGGAUUAGACGCAGGUGCCCAAGAGAAGAACGAUAGCGAAGACGGUCGAGUUGAGGCAGGAUUAGAAGAUGAUUUUGACGUAGUGGCCGAACCUAACAUAAACGUUCCAUCAUUAAAUUCUCACGGGAAAAUGAAAACAUUUAAAUGCAAGCAGUGUAAUUAUGUGAGCGUCACGAAGGCUAAGAUUUGGGAUCACCAUAAAUCGCACAUCAAGCCAGAAAAAAUGCUUUGUUGCCGCCAUUGCCCAUUCGUAACGGAGUACAAGCACCACCUAGAGUACCACAUGAGAAACCACUUGGGAUCGAAACCUUUUCACUGCCCACAGUGCUCAUAUUCUUGUGUAAAUAAAUCGAUGCUUAACUCACAUCUUAAAUCUCACUCUAACAUUUAUCAAUAUCAUUGCGCGGAAUGUAACUACGCCACCAAAUAUUGCCACUCGCUAAAACUCCAUCUUCGGAAAUAUAGACAUAAACCGGGCGUGGUCUUAAACAUGGAUGGCACUCCUAAUCCCCUGCCAAUAAUUGAUGUGUACGGUACCCGGCGAGGCCCGAAACAAAAACCGCUAUCAAAAAUCUUAGGACAACAAGCUUCAGUAAACAAUAGCCAGCCCCCAGCGCCUGCGCACUCGCUCUACAGCAAUCACUUCCCGGUCAAUCUUCCCUACUUUCCACCAUUUUUGCCACAGCCUUUUCUUUACCCACCACAAAAUAACAUGGAUCAGAAGGAUUCAGUAAAUCAAACCGAUAUGGCUACAUCGUCUGCUUCAAUAUUACAUAAUAGAUUAUCAUAUACUGAGCGCCCUACAGAAACAGCAACCUCGCCAAAGUCACCUGUAAGUGAACCUCAAGUGUGUUCAUCGACUCCACCACCAGCAAACGAUGCUCUUGACCUCACGAAUGGCAAAACAAGUGAAGCAGGAUCUCCGCAGGCAAACACAGAGCGGCCAGUCCCCGUGACCCCCACUACUAGCAACAAAAACAGAAGAAAAGGCCCGGCAUUCAAACUUCAACCGGCCGCCCUUCGUCUUCAACACGAAGACGAAAAAACAAACAGAGUGGACGCUUCCGAGUCCGAGCCUGAAGAAGAAAUUCCCACUACUACUGCGACGAACACUUACACGUGUCAGUACUGUGACAUCACUUUCGGCGACCUCACUAUGCACACAAUCCACAUGGGUUUCCAUGGCUACAACGACCCGUUCAUGUGCAACAAAUGCGGAGAACGCAGUGCAGACAGAGUUUCAUUCUUCAUACACUUAGGUCGCGUUCAGCAUGCCUAACUUUUUAAAAUACCUAUAUCAAACUCUAGUCAUUAAGACCUAUUUAUUAAACUAAAAUAAGAUUUGGAAAAGAUGAUAACAGGCGUUUUGUUAUUGCAUAAACUCACAUUACGGUUAUCCGGCUCGAAACAGAAAUAAAUGUAAAAAUACAAAUAUUCAAAUAUGUAAAUAUAGAAAUAUGUGAUAUAAAAAAUAGUUUGUAUGUAAAAAGGUAAAUUAUUUAGGUUUACAUUAGGUAUAUUAGUGACUGGUUCAUUAAUUAAGUCCAAAGAUUACGCAUUAUUGAUAACUACGUUUUAUAGUCUCUGUUACUUUUAGAGCUGAAGUAACUGCCCAACAAUCCUGAUGAUAUGCAAAAUUGCAUUCACUCUUGCCAUGAAAGAACGGUGAGAUUUAUCGUAAAGCACUUUUAUUUAAUUUUUUAUCAAAACAACACUUAUAUUAUUAAUACAUUUUCAAUCGCUUCUCCAUUCGACUGUAUGUUUUUUACCAUUAAACGAUUCCUCGACCGUAACUUACAUAUUAUGAUGUUUUUGUUAUAUAGUAUCCUAUACCAUCCCAUCUCGGGCACCAAAAUGUCCUUUGACAUAAAACAAAAAAUCUGUGAUUGGCCGGGUAAUCGCUUAAUGAGCAUAGAAAAAAAAUAUAAAAAAAAAACAAAAAAAAAUACAAAAAACACAAAAAAAU